AUGGACGGAGUUCAUGUUUGCGUUAAAGUGAAGCCUGAAGUUCAAGGAAUGUACUGGAACCGGCACAAUAUAACUUCAUUUAAUAUAAUGGCGAUAUGUGAUCUCAAUAUGUUAUUCACAUACGUUUGGAAUGGAGCACCGGGAUCAUGUCAUGAUACAUCAGUUUUGACAAUGGCGCAAGAAAAUGAUUCCGAUUUUCCUUUACCUCCACCAGACAAGUAUUAUUUAGUCGAUUCUGGCUAUCCAAACAAACAAGGUUUUUUGGCUCCGUUUAGAUCUUCACGGAACGUGGUUGUUCGCUAUCAUAUGUCACAGUUUGAAAGUGGUCCUCCUCCUAGAAACAAGCAAGAGUUGUUUAAUCGAUAUCAUGCAUCUUUACGUUCUGUUAUUGAAAGGACUUUUGGAGUAUGGAAGAAGAAAUGGAGGAUUCUUUGUGAAUUUCCUAGAAGAGACACAGAAACUGGUAACACAAGUUCUAUGAUAGAGCCAAGUGAUGUAGCAGAAGCGGAAAUAGGAGAAGGAGAUUUUAUGGCUAACAUUAGAGAACAUAUUGCGAGUACACUAUGGGCAGACAAAAACAAUUCACGUUAG